ACAAAAUAGGUUUAUAUCGGCUAUAUAAACCAUUGUGCCCUCAGUUCACGUUGGCUUCUCUGAAGUCCACACCGUGUGUUUCGAGCGAGCGCACGUUGGUUAAUGCUAGAAAUUAACACAAAACAUGUCUAACGCAAGUUCCACCAGGAAGGUGUACAUGUCAGUGGUAGAAGAUGUCAUCAGUAAUGUGCGGGAGGCGUUCCUAGAUGAGGUGGUGGAUGAACAAGUCCUCCAAGAGCUCAAACAGCUGUGGGAGUCGAAGCUGAACAGUUCCCGGGCCCUAGAGACUGCUGAACCUGAGCCACCUGCACCAACUCAGGGCGGAAAUCUCCCAUUCUCCCUCAUUCAACAGCAGAACGCCCAGACCGCGGGGAAAGGUGGGGGCAAAUACGUUCAAAUGGCAACUCUUCAGCAACAUAUUCCUUUACAAUUAACAAGUGAUGGACAGAUUACCUCUGCAGCCAGUAUGGCGUUCUCUGCCCAGGGUGGUAUGUUCCAAAGUCAUCAGAUCCAGGCCCUGGUGGGCAUGAGUCCAGGGACACAGUUGGCCUUCCAGCAGACAGCUACUGGCCAGUACGUUCUGGUCUCCCCGGGUGUGACCCAGGGUCAAUUGGUCGGCAUCCCCCAUCAGGCUAUCAUACAGGCCCAGCCCGGUCAGGUGUCACAGAUACAGCAAAUUCAGGGUCAGACGUUACCCCAGUUUGAUGGCGCCCAUGACCCUGACCACUGUAUCUCCUCACAACACAGAGAUAUCCACUCCAACACAGAAUCUUCACCUUCUAUAUCAUCAGCGUACAUUUUGGGUGCGAGUGGAGGUGAUAAUGAACUUGUAGAUAUUGAAAUAGAAGUCUCCCCAAAGCUUGGACAGAGACUGUGUAGGGAUUUGAACCGACAGAAGGUUGGCGGUCGUAUUCCUCAACUAGAUGGGAAGCACGAUACAAGUUCAUCAGAGGGAGACUUCGAUGAUGAUGAUGAUAACAAUGAUGAUGACGAUGAUAAGGAAGAAGCGGAAGAUGAAGGGGAAGAAGAGGAGCCCUUGAACUCUGAAGAUGACCUCAGUGAGGAGGACCCCUCGGAGCUGUUUGACACGGACAACGUAGUCGUAUGUCAGUUUGAGAAGAUCAGUAGAAACAAAGGCAAAUGGAAGUUCAAUCUAAAGGAUGGGAUCAUGAAUCUUGAAGGGAAGGACCACGUGUUCCAAAAAGGGACUGGAGAAGCCGACUGGUAACCUCGUGUCUUUAAAUGGGAAACCAGUCGGAUUGAUGUGUCGAGAAUUUGUGUCGUGUUUGUGAAAAUUGGGCAAAAUGCAUGUGCGUAAAGUUUCGUCCCAGAUUAGCCUGUGCAGUCUGCACAGGCUAAUCAGGGACAACACUUUCCGCUUUAAUGGUAUUUUUCGUUUAAAGGUAAUCCCUUUGUACCGAAAAUCUAGUUCAACGGAAAAGUGUCGUCCCUGAUUAGCCUAGGACGACACUUUACGCACAUGCAUUAUGCCCAUUUUUCUCAGAACAAGACACAUUUAAAAAACAUGACAUUUGUAACAAAGUGAAUACAGUGGAAGGAUCCUGUGUAUGAAACAAUGGCAGUCUGAACAAUGUGCAUAAUACACAGGAGUCCUGUUAUUCAUGUAAUUCGUUGAAAACUAUACAGUGCUAGUCUAUUUUUUGUUGAAAGUGAGUGAACUAAAAAUACUGGUACAAUGUUUUUAGGUGUUGAAGGCUGGAAAGUCUGGUAUUUUUGUGGUAGGAACUACCAUAGCAUUUAUUAUUCCACAUAAGGGUUGUGUGUUAUGAUUAUUUACCUCUUACUAAAUAAGAGGCACAUUACUGCAUUUAUUUUUUGUAUUAUAUUGUUACAAAAAUGCUGUUCAUGGCAUUUGUUGGACCUUAAUAUUUGCAAUGUUUUUGGUUGGGAUUUUCAACAUACAACACAUAAAAGCAGUUUUUGAAGGGGUGUGCCAUUAAAGGGAGGCAAAGCAGACAACAGAAUUGAUACAAUCUGAUAAGUAACCAGAUAUUGCAAGAUAUGAUAUGAUAUUGCAAGAUAAGAUAUUGCAAGAUAUGAUAUGGUGGGCCUGGCUAGCUCAGUUCGUAAAGCACAGGAGUUAAUCUAGGGCUUUGUAUCACAUACGUACUUAAGUAAGUAUUCUGACUAAACUUUGUUUUUGUUUUUCUCAAUCCUGGAGUGUUUUUUAAUCAUCAUGCUAUAUUUGUUUUAAGAUUGAUUCAACCCCUGAAUAAGUGCAUAUUUGUAUUGCAAAAUUUUGAGAUUAUUUUGUGAGCUGGCCAAUAUUCUUAAUACUAAGCUGAGUGAAAAGACAAAUCUUCACCAAACAAUCUAAGACUUACGUCUCUAUUAAAGAAUAUUCUUUAAAUUGGAAUAAUCGAGAAUCGUUUUAAUUUAAAGUGCAAAUGGGCAUAAACUGCCUUUGACUACAUCAUUCUUCAUAUAGAACAUUAUGUGAAGGAAGACUGUAUAUGUUGUCUUUGUUUUUUUGUCUUUCGUUAUUCUUAUGUCUAAGAAUGGGUUGGAGAAGAUGGGCCCUGAUGUUAUGCUUGUUUACAUUUUCACUUUGCUUCCAUUCACACAUAAAGCUUUAUAAUCAUGAUAUAUAAAGGACAUUUUCUUUUUGAGCAGACAUUUUUUCUCUGGAUAAACAAGUUUUUCUGCAGCUUAUAUAUGUUUUUGUUUGUGGAACAGUGAUUAACUUGUGGGAACAUGUAGUUUCUAUCAGCCGUGCUCUGUGAAAAAGGGGUUUAAUGCAUGUGCGUAAAGUGUCAUCCCAGAUUAGCCUGUGCAGUCCGCACAGGCUUAUCAGGGACGACACUUUCUGCCGAAACUAGAUUUUUGCUAAGAAGAGUCCUUCUUUAAAUGGAAAAUAUCAUAUAAGUGGAAAGUGUCGUCCCGGAUUAGCCUGUUCGGACUGCACAGGCUAAUCAGGGAUGACACUUUACACACAUGCAUUAAACCCCUUUUUCACAGAACAAGACUCCCAUGAUGAGUUGCAUCUCAUGUAAUGUGCAAAUUUUCCUAAUUUGUCACUUCUCAUUUUAACAAUAGUCUUGUUAUGUCAAAACAUUGUUUGAGUGUGCUUGUUGUUUCUUAUGUUAUUCAAAAAAUAUCUCAGACUGUUCAUAUAUUAAUGCGCUUAAUAUUUUUAUAUGCACUUUAAAAUGGUGCAUUUUAUGGGAACACCUGUUAGGCUGGUAGGCAUCGUUGAGGAGUCCUUAACAUGAACAGUCAUGAACUCAAACUGUUAAAAAUCAUUUAACAUGGUGAUAAUGUUUGUGGGAAUUCAAGCACUUUUGAAUUAUGGCCUUUGAAUAAAAAAAAUAUGACCAAAUUAACCACUCUUAAGUUUUAGAGUUUUAAGAUGAUCUUGAAACUGGGCAUUACAUCUAAGUAGUGGUAAGAAAGAUAAACUGUCAGAUAACAUAAAUAGAUUAUUGCUUAAAUAAAAAACAAAAUGAAAUUAACAAUUGCCUAGUCUAUAACUCAAACAGAUUCAAACGGAUCAUCACGAAACUUAGUGAUAAUGUUUGUGGGCAUGAUUAUAUCUUGGCAAAGCUUGAUAACCAGCCAGAUAGUAUGAAGCACCUCUGAAUUAUUGUCCUAGAAUUUAAAAGAGCCAAAUUAACACUUGCCGCCCUUUUACUCGACUAGUUUUAUUUGUCGCAUGACAUGUUGCCACAACGUUAGUGGGCAAAAAUCUCUACUAUGACCAGCCUUUUAGCCCUUAGUACUUCUGGAGUAUGGCACUUGAAAUCAGAAAUGUGCAAAAUUAAUGUUUUCUGCUCUCUCACUACCAUGUAGUUUUUAUGCUCCCCCCAAAAAAAAUUUGGGGGGAGCAUAUAGUCGCCGCUUCGUCUGUCCGUGUGUGUGUCCGUCCUUACACAAUUUUUGUCCGGGCUAUUUCUCAGCAAUUAAUGACCGGAAUUCAAUUAAACUUUAUGGGAAGCUUCACUACCAAGAGGAGAUGUGCAUAUCAGCCGGUUCUGGUCGGAUGAUUUUUCACAGAGUAAUGGCCCUUUGAAAUUUUCUAUAAACUGUACAUAUAGUGCAAUUCUUGUCCCCCCAACUACUGACUGGAAUUCAAUGAAGCUUUAUGGGAAGCUUAACUACCUUGAGGAGAUGCCCAUGUUUUUUGUGGGUUCUGGUGAGAUGAUUUAUUUAGAGAGUAAUGGCCCUUUGAAAUUUUUAAGUUGCUAAACCAACCAUCGUAUUAUUUUGUCCAAAGUUAUGCCCCUCAAGACGUUUCCUUCUAUCUGAAUAUAAUUAUAGUGCAAUAUUGUGACAAAAAAACCUUUGGGGAGCAUCACCCGUCUCCGACGGUUUCUUGUUUUCAUAUAUUUAUCAAACUUUAUCCAUGUCACUCACCACUUUGUUACAUGUUGGAAUUCUUAUUCUUCUUUUUUAAAUUUAUAAUCUAUGCAGUAUUUUAUUUAAUUGUAAAAGCAUUUUUAGUAAGGAUGUAAAAGAGGAUAUUUUUUAACUUUGAAUGUUCCUUUUUUUAGCUCCACUUUUGGCCAGCGGGGCUUAUGUCAUGGUCCUGUGUCCAUCGUGUGUGCGUCCGUGCGUUAACUUUUUCUUUAAACAUCUUCUUCUCCUAAACUACUGGUCCAAUUCUGAUGAAAUUUCUCAGGAAUGUUCAUGUGGUGAACCUCUUUCAAAUUUGAAAAUCUGCUUAUAUAAGGCCUAUUUUGUGAAAACUUUAAAAAUCUUUUAUGUCCAUAACCAUUGGGCCUAGGGCUACUUAAUUUGGUAUGUAAUGACAUCUUAUAGUCCUCUACCAAGUUUGUUCAAAUUAUGCCCCUGGGGUCAAAUUUGACCCUGCCCUGGGGGGUCAAAAAAUCGAAAAUUUGCUUAUAUAAGGCCCUUCUUGUCCAUAACCAUCGGGCCUAUUUCUACCAAAUUCAGUAGGUAGUGACAUAUAAUAGUUCUCUACUUAGUUUGUUCAAAUUAUGCCCCUGGGAACAAAUUUGACCUUGCCCCAGGGGUCACAAAAAUGAACAUAUGCUUAAAUAAGGCCUAUUGUGUGCAAACUUUAAAAAUCUUUUUCUUAAUUAUAGAGCCUAGGGCUACUAAAUUUGGUAUGUAGUGAUAUCUAAUAGUCCUCUACCAAAUUUUUUCAAAUUAUUCCCCUGGGCUCAAAUUUGACCCCGGGGUCACAAAACUGAACAUAUGACGUUUACCAGUGGAGAUUACUGCGGCCGUUUGGCUGUGACCAACAACAACAUCAACAUCUUGUAAACAUGAGAUAAAACCCUGUAUUCAGUGCCAUUUUAGGUCAGAUGGUGACUGCUUACAAAGGCAUUAAAGUAAGAACUAUGAAUUUUUUUCUUACUAACUGAAAAAAGUCAGGUUUUAUUUAAAUAUGUCGAAAGUGACCAUAUAUCCGGAUGAAAAUAUUUUGGAUGACAUGUUAAUUUCAUGUCUUUUUUGUAGUGUUUAAACCAGUUUAAUAAUAUAUUAUUGAUUUUAAAAACACAACUUUCAUGAACAUAAUUAUUUCAAGAAAAGUCAAUAUAUGAUACUUCACGGUAAACUCAAACUUUGUAUCCAAGAGGUGUUGAAAUUAAUGAAGUGCAAUGUUCUUAACUAUCGUAAAUGCUGCUUUUUAAUAACUAAUGAUUCAUUGUUCCAUUUGUUAAUUGUGAAUCAUGAAUUGUGGAUAUGAUUGUCAAUUGCUCAACAAUCCAUAAUAUAUAUUUCUGACCAUUUUAUAAUUUUCUUUAUAUAAGUUAUGAAUUGAUCUUAGAAGUCAAAUGUAUUACUUAAUUAAAUACAUAUAUAAAUAUAAAGAAAUAAUCUUUAGAUUAUCAUAAUAUUCUCAGGCCUGUUGGUAUUAGGGAUGUGUGGACUGAUGAGCAAUUUCUCCUUUUAUCACAAUUAUUUCUACCCUACCUGAUAAUUUCCUUCAUAUUCCAUUUUAAUUUAAUUGACGUCUGCAACCUCUUUCAAAUCUGGAAAGUCCAAAAUGUGUCGUUUGGUAAAGGGUUAAUGCAUUUUGAUUCCUAUGGGUCUUGUGAAUCUGUUUCAAAUCGAAUGCGUAGAUUUGAUCUUCAGCAUAAAAAAAUAUGUGAAAUGGAAAGAACGACAAUAUCUUUUGGAGAGAUAAAUGUACCUACGUUAUAAGCAAAGGACCUGUGCAACAAUUCCCAGGCUUUUAAGUCUGUUUAGUUAACAAGGUAGUAACUUUUUCCAUAUAUAAAAAUACUCACCCUUCCAACUUUAAACCCCUAGUGGGACGAGGGAUAGAAAGAGAAAGUCACAUGCUUGAGUACAUUUCAACCCAUGUGCAUUGCACGUUUUUUUCGCAAAGAAAAAACUGUGGAGUAAUACAGGGCCAUCAUGGCCCUCUUGUCAAUGUAUACAUUUUGAUAAAAAUAUAAUUGUGUGGAAUUGAUAAUCUCCAGUUACAUAUCUAUAGGGUAUUACUUACUUUCAGAUGUCUUCUACUUUUGUAAACUUGCUCAAAAUUAAUGUAGUUGAAAAGGUAAUACACAUAUAUUUAAUAUUUCCUUGAUUAAAGGUAUGUUUGGUUGUAGAUGUAGAUAUAAAAUAACUUUAAAUGUUUUUUAUGCCCUCGGAUCGAAUGAUUGGGAGUAUAUUGUUUUUGGCCUGUCUGUCCCAAAACUUUAACCUUGGUCAUAACUUUUGCAAUAUUGAAGAUGGCAACUUGAUAUUUGGCAUGCAUUUGUAUGGCAUGGAGCUGCACAUUUUGAGUGGUGAAAGGUCAAGGUCAUCCUUCAAGGUCAAAUGUCAAACAUAUAGCUUCAAAGCGGCGCAAAAGGGGACAAAAAGGGGACAUAGUGUUUCUGACAAUCACAUAUCUUGUUUAGUUUGUAUUAUACCACUGACCGAUAACACAAAUAAACAUUUUCUGUGAUAUCAGGUCACUGACUGAUAAUAAACUGGUAGCCCUUCCCACAUUUGAGAUUAUCAUUCUGCUUUGCAAUGUUAAGUCAUGCCUGCUUGGAACUUAUUUAGGUAGGAAUGUUGUUAAAAUGUGUUUUUUUAUUGUUCUGUGUGGAGAGAUUAAAAAAGUGUUCAUCAAUGAGGGAUGAUUUCAAAAGUUUUUCUAUGGAAACAAGCAAAUAGUACAGCAAUUAGCAUGUAUGAAAAGAUAGUCAAAAGAAUCUAAACACAUCAAAAGGCAUAAAUACAAUGUUCACAUAUUGCCAAUUUACUGUAAACAACAACAUUGCAUGUUUAAAUCUAUUAAUUGAAAGUCUUACCUUUACAUCCAUGGCCCAUAAGAUUGCAUGGUUUUCAAUUGUCUAUCCUUUUGAGAUGGUAUUUUUGUUGUGAUUCCAAUAGCGUAAACAUCUUAUUGUACAAUACAAUUGUGUUGAUGAUGCUUUUUGCAGCCAUUAAAUUCCCUUUUAUUUGAACUGACCAUAGACAUCUAGGAUAGCUUAGGAAUAAGUCUUACAGCUAAUCCAUUUCAUCUUUGCUAGACAUAGACAUUAUUCUUUUCGUAAUUGCUUCAAUUUUUUUUAACAUGUAUCCCUUGAGUUAAAUCACAACUGAGACUAUAAUAAAAUGCACCCAGCUUAAUAUUCCAAAAUUUCUAAUGAGUAAAGGGCAGUAAUUCAACAUAUACUAUCACAUUAUUUUAUGGUUCAAAAAGUUGAUGACUUACUUGUUGAGAGGUCACCUGGUUGUGACAAUUUAAAAUCCACUUGACUGUGCAUGACAUGUUCUGUAGUCGGCUAUUUUCUUAUGUUAAAAGAUGAAAUGAGGUAAUCUUAUUUUUAUUAUGCCUUAACUCCCUACACAUUACACUUUCUAGUUUCUAUGUUCUAUGUUUUGAUAAAAUAUUUGUCAAAAUGUUAUUAUUCAUUUGAACAAGGACUUUUAUGUAUGUUUAAUGAUUAGUACACAUCGAUCGAUGCAGACCUAAUCAGGUCGUCACAUUUGAAUUUCAAGCAGUGGUGUAAAUUGCUAAAUGUUUGCAAGAUUUUUAUUAAACAUAUAUUUUUUAAAUAUAUCUAAAAGAAAGUGGUAUAAUAAUUGUUUAACCAUGUUUAGGGACUUUUGAUAUAAUGUGAUAUCAUACUUUCAUGAUAUGGCGUGUGGAAAGCUGGACAAGCUAUGCCUUUCCCUAGGCUGCAGAGGCUCGUCUCAUAUCACAUGAUUUCAUUAGUCAAUACCUUAUAUUCUGUAUAUACAAGAAAGCAGAGAAAAGUCCAAAGGUUGUAGAGCUGUCUACAUAGCUUCUUAAAAAAAUACUGUUAUAAAAUCACGAAAUUCUGGAGUAGGUUUGUAGAUAGACAACAAGAGGCUUUGAUAAAUUGAUAAUUACUUCUUUAAUAACUCAUGUUACAGAAAUAGAGACUUUGAUAUAUGGAUAAUUUCUUCUUUAAUUACUCAUGUUACAGAUGAUUAAAUUGUAUAGUAAUCAGUUGUUUCGAAUAACGAAGAUGAACUGAAAAAUUUGCAGAUUAUUAAUUUUUGCUAAUCGUAAGAGUAUUGGUAUUUUAAAUGUUUUGAACUUUCAUAUGGAACACUGUUGUGAACUUUUUGCUGAUUAUUUGCAAUUGCAGGAACAAUAAAAUGUUAAUCUUUUUAAAUCCCUUUGCCGUUGUGAUCAGUUUGACUGUUGCCAUUUGUUUUGAUAUCUCCACUAAAUUUGUUAUUGUUUGUAUAGUCAUGUGGUAUGUCACAAUAGUUUGUUGGCACUGAAUAUGUAGUUUAUAAAUUUAAUUUAAUGUAAAUUCUUAACCGAAUGGUUGUCAGUGAUUUCAUAUGCUAAAACCAUUUCUUGUUUAGAAAUAUUAAAUACACAUAUUUGAAAAUGCUGCCAAACUUAGAAAAAUCAUAAUUGAACAUUUAUUUGUAAUAUAUGUUGGUUUAUUAUCAUUAUUUCAAUUAAAUAAAACAUCAGCCUGUUAGAUAAGUUAUGUUAAUAUAGCAGUAUGUUUUGUUCUUAUUAUGGUUCAUGAAUGACCUUAGAAAAUCAUGAAGUUUAUAUUAACAUGUUGUCUUCAGAGUUUUGUAUUAUGGUCAUCAUUUCAAAAGUUACUUAUUUUGUUAAACUGUUGAUACAAUAAAGCAACUUCAACACCAA